AUGAAAGCAUCCGAAACGAAAAAACCAAGCGAAUCUGCAAAUAUGUUUAAAGCAAACGAUUGUUUAAUUCAAAAUCAAAGUAACUCUUAUAUUAGAAACAACGAAUCAAAGAAAAAUCCUGAAGCCAUGUUCAUGCUCAACUCAAACAGUGCAAACGAUGCCUUCAAUUUUCAAAGUCAUGAUAAAGAAAAUAAAAAAUCAAAGAAAAAUACCGUUCCAAGGGUCAACUCAAAAAAUGUUUGCAUAGGUCGGAAACCCGCAAAAAAUGAAAAUGCCGUACAUGACUUUGAAAACACGUCAGUGAAAACAAUUUCCCCUGAAGAUUGGAAAUUAGCGACUGUAGCUGGGGAUGAUUUUUUUUCCGGUAGCAAACCGCCUGCCUUAGUGCUAUCAACAUUCGAAAAUUAUGGCGAUGUAAAUAAUUCCGCCAUCGAAAGAGUACUAAGUAGGGGAACAGUAGAUUCAAACACGAAUGAAGCAAAUUUAUAUUUUCAACAAGAAAGAUAUCAGCCUGAAUGUCCUUCUCAAGCAAUCGUACAAUCAUAUUUAAACAAGAGAUUCAAGUUUCAAGCUCCAGAUAAUGAGGCUUUGCAUAACGAUGUAACAAAGAAAAUUAUGAAAGAAUAUUACAAAAAUUGGCUCAGUCAAACAAUGUGUGACUUAGCAAUUACGACCGAAAAUGGAGACGUUCUGACUCAUCAGAUCAUCCUUGCAACGUACAGUCCUACCUUGGAAACUUUAAUUAAUCAAAAUAAGCGCCCACUCUCACAUUUCGUGCAGAUAAACAUGACCGACUAUCCGAGAGAUGCCGUUGCUGACGUCUUGAACUUUCUUUAUACGACCAACUUGAAAGUUGAUUGCAAAAACAUCGCAAGUCUGGUGGCCAUUGCUAGACAACUAGACUUGCCAGAAAUUAUCAAUAUGUGCGGAAUCUACCUGACAAAAAAUUUUGACCAGGACAGCAUAUUUUUACAUUAUUCAGUAGCUGCAAAUAACCAGCUAAAGAAUUCUAAAAACUUCCUCCUGAAAGUAAUAGCGUCAAAUUUCAGUGUCCUGGUGCAUCACAAUCAUUUUAAAUACAUACCAGUCAAUCGGUUGAAAAAAAUUCUAACUCACGAAUCAUUAUCAGGAGAAGAAUUAGAAAUCUUAUUGGCCGUUAUAAAGUGGAUCGAUUUCAACAGAGCCGACCGAACGCAGUAUGCCAGGCAGCUGUUUUCUCAUAUAAGAUUUGAAUUGGUGGACCCUGAAGCCAUUGCAAAUCAAGUCGAAGUACACGACUGGCUCUUUUCAGACAAAUCAAAUAAAGAUAUAAUAUCAGAGGCUUACAAAUUCCAUGCUCUAGAAAGGAACACUGAAAACUCAAAAAUUUAUCACCGGACAAGCAAACAAAUCUUGUCAACAGGUCUGGACAUUCAUCCGAGCGAAUGUGUAAACGAUAGCAACAACACGAACAAAUUGUGGGUUGUUCAGCAACCUAAAUUCAAAACAACGAAAGAACCAACGGACACGAUCGAUCGUCACUUGGAAUUCAAUUCAAAAACCAAUGAUCAAUCAAAUAUUAAUAAACUAGAAAGCGUCGAUACUCUCAAUGAAAUGUUGGAACAUCAGAAAAAAAUUCAAGAAGCACAACUUCAGCUGGAAAAAAUUCAACGACAAAUUCUUGAACGAAAUUCUUCGCAAAACGUCGAGCGAAAAAGCAGAAAUCUGCCAGCAGCGGGACGACCCUCAAGACCCUCGUUGAACGACUUGCAGCGCCACAUGAGUCUCAUCAUCGGCGUCAACAACGACAUCGAUGUCAUUGUCAAUUAUAUUCAUAUUGUGCUCAAUCAUAAACUUAUUAAAAUGAUUGAUUUCCCAAACAAAAAAUAG